CUGGGACGGAUCAUUGGCAACUGGAUCUGGGCAGCCGUCCAAACACUUGGCAGAUCCCCUCGACUCGGUUGUUGUUGUUCUGAUGAUGAUGAUGAUGAUGAUGAUGAUGAUUUAGCGAGAUGGAAGAUUGGCAAAUAGAGUUGGCCAAAGGCAGAAGGCAGCCAGCCCUGAGAGUGAGCUUGGCCAUCAUCUUCCUCCUCCUCCUCCUCACUGGAAAAGAGUCCUACUGUGCAGAAAAGCGUUUUUCUAAGCCAUGGCGUUACAUGACAAUGUCCCGUCUCUGCAGGUGUGGCAAACACAAUUGCCAAGCUGGCCAAGACCUGCACCCUGCGCUUCACGGUUGACAGAGUCUUCUUCAUCCUCAAUGACAAAGUGGCAAAUGGAGGCGUGAGCAUGUGGUGUGCGCUCAGUCAGGAGAAGUUCUUUGACGAGUUCCAGAUGGAAGGAGCGGCUGCAGAAGACAACGAGAUUUAUUUGGAGCUGACUCCUGAGAACUUCUCUAGAGCUCUGAAGACAGCUCAAAACGCCAAGGCAGUGAAAAUCAAGCUAACUAACAAGCAGUGCCCUUGCCUCACGGUAGCGGUGGAACUGCCUUCCUUGGCAAGCAGCAGCCGCAUUGUGGUCCAUGACAUUCCUGUGGGGAUGAUCCCCAGAAAGCUGUGGGGCGACUUCAGAGAGCCCAGUCUGCCGGAUUUUGAUGUCAGCAUUUAUUUACCUGCGAUGAAGACCAUGAAGAGUGUUGUAGAGAGGAUGAAGAACAUCAGCCAUUCUCUCGUAAUAGAAGCAAACCAACAAGGAGAAAUGAAUUUGAAAAUAGAAACCGCUUUAGUCUCGGUGACAACCCACUUUAAAGCCCUUGGGAAUCCUGCUUGGGUAUCUGAGCAUGCCUCUCAAAAACCAGCUCAAGAGAGACAGCCUGAGCGCAUGGCCGAGGCGCGCAUCGACAUUAAGAGGCUUCUUCAGCUCCUUGCAGGCCAGCAAGUGAAUCCAGCCAAAGCACUGUGUAAUAUUGUAAACCAAAGGAUUGUCCAUUUCAUCUUGCUCCAUGAGGAUUUCUCCUUGCAAUACUUCAUCCCAGCCCUUGCCUGACUUCUCCUCAGGCUCAGGUUGAUUGCAUCUGGAUGCUGAAACGGACACAGAAGGAGGGGAAAGAAAGGAAAAGAGGAGCUUCUAUAAAAAAUCACUAUGCACAGAAGUCUAUCUUUUAUGCAUGGUUCUAUAGCAAGUGGGAUUGAAGUUGAAAUCUUUUUGCAUUUUUAUUGGACUCAGUAUUUUAUUAAAGAACUAAUCCAUUAGG